AUGAGAAACGGCGAUCGCAUCACGUUCUCGAACAAGUUCUUGAUUAACGGAGAGAUGGACAAGUGGACCUAUCUGGCUGACGGAACGGUGCCUGAGGGAUGGAACACUGUGGAGUUCGGCGGUUCGUGGACGACUCUGACCGAAGGCAACACGGUGUCGCAGUCUGUGUGGCUGUUCCGCUCGACUGUGGAGAUGGACACCAUCCAGGGCUACAACAGCUACGAGCUGAACAUGAACUGCCGUGCGGGUGUGGUUGUGUAUCUGAACGGUGUUGAAGUGUACCGUGUGGGCGUGGAAGGAGAGGUGACUUCUGGAAGCACCUCCACGAUCAAUAGCAACAGCUUGAAGCCUCAUGUGCUCGUCGGAUUGGUGGGUGCCAACUACCUGAAGGAGGGAAGCAAUGUGUUCGCUAUUGCUGUUGUGAACAGAGAUGCCACGGAGCGAGCCAUUGACUUCACUACCACUCUGAAUCUGCGUGCGGCGACUGCCGAUCUCGCCCAUGGAACUCAGCUAACUUUCUCUGCCUCUGGCGGUACUGCUGGAAACGCUUUCAACGAAAACAUCGCGAGCAAGUGGAGCGCGGAGCUGAGCGGAUCCUUCCUCCAGUUCCAGUGGACGGAUUCGCAGUAUCGUCGCCAGCAAGUGAACAAGUUCUGUCUGGUGUCCGCUGCCAACGCUCCGGGUAACGAGCCUUCUGCGUUCACUGUGUCCACUCUGAACGGAGAGAACUGGACCCCUGUGGGAACCUACACGGGUGUGUACUGGACCAAGCGUACUCAGCGCCAGUGCUUCUACCUCUCCAACCCUGUGGCCAUCCAGGGCAUGAAGCUCGAGUUCACCGCUGUGGCUGCGCCCGAGAACACCACCGUGGAGCUGGCUCUGUUCGAUUUUCUGGAGGAGAACACGGACAAGGUACUUCCCGAUCUCUCCUUCUCUCCUGCUGCCAUUGUCAGUGGAAUCGUCAACGUCCCGAUCGAGCCCAUCGUUCCUGCCAAUCCCUACUACGAGGAGUUCUCUGCGAGCCCCGCUCUGCCCGCUGGUCUGGAAUUCGGAAGCAACGGAGCGAUCUACGGAACUCCCACCGAGACCGCUUCGGGUGUGUACACGAUCACCGGUAUCUCGAUCAACGGCGAGGCCUUCAACACCACUGUGGCCAUUGAUAUCAAGCAGUGCACUGGAGACGAGUCCCUUGUGUAUGUCCACAUCACCGAUACUGGCUCGCGUGGUUAUUACAUGGGAUACGAAUUGGUGGAUCCUGUUUCGGGCACUGUGGUGGGUAGCCGCAGCGAGUUUGACAACAACGCUUUGUACAUGUAUCAUCCCUAUUGCCUGGGUCUGCGCAACUACCAGAUCACUAUGAAGGAUUAUUCGCGUGUCGCUUGGCCGGGUAGUCUUGAGAUUCUGACGGCCUCCAAGAAGGUUUUGACCUCGUUCACUGUGGGUGGAAGCGUGACUCCCAAGACGGAAUCGUUCUUCCCUCGAGAGGGCUACAGCGAUGAUUUGGAUUGGCGCUAUCUGAUGGACAACACUGAUCCUGUUUCCAACUGGUACACGAGUUCGUUCAAUGGCGAGUGGCAGACCAGCAAGCUCGCCGAUAUGCCUGCUCCUCAGUACACUGCUGCCUACUACUGCACCACGUUCAAUCUGUACUCGGCUCUGCCCUAUGCCACCAUGGAUGUGACUGUGCACACGCGUGGAGGUUUCAUUCUGUACAUCGAUGACAAGGAGAAUGCUCGCUACAACCUGCCUCAGGGACCGACGGACCAUCUGACGCAGCCUGUGACCGAGGCGGAGGCCGCUUCGGGCAUUCGCAUCUCGAUCGAUAUGAGCCACAUCUCCAACCAGAACAACGUGCUGUGCGUGGAAACCCACACGAUCAGCGUCCCUGAAGAGAACGAGUUCAACGUGGAAGUGGAGUUCGUGUACACUUCGACCGAUCUGGUGGUGGAUGGAACGAUGAGCGCUUCGGAUUUCGGUUAUGAUGACCCCACAUGGCACGAGACCAACGCCAACGUUUUCGAUAAGAACACACAGAACAAGUUCACCGUCCUGAACACAGGUGCUGUGUCUGGAACGUACCACGUGUGGGUUGCCUGGACCUACAACAACAACCGCCGUGUGAUCAUCAACUACCUUCGCUUCUAUGCUGGUAACAACUGGGAUCGUCGUCCCAAGCAUCUGGAUCUGUACGGAUCGAACGAUAAUGGUGCGACCUGGCAGUUGUUGAUGGCGCAGCAGCCUACCUGGGAGAAUGGUAAUGGCUACGGCUACAACCGAGAGUACACGUUCACGAACACGGUGGCUUACAACAUGUACAAGCUGGAGGCCUACAAGUCCAAUCUGCAGGGUAUCGAAAUGGCCGAGGUCUACUUCGGAAACACCAAGGCUGCUGAGAUUUGCGCCUCGCAGGACAACUAUUCGAGCGCGUACGUGGGCAGCAAGGCGUUCAUUUCCUGCCCCACUGGAUACACUGGCUUCAUCUAUCGUAACUACGUGUCGACGCCGACGGGCAACCAGCUGGAGGAGGAAGAGGACAACCAGUGCACGCUGCUGCCUCCCAUCGCUGUGGUCUACGGCAUUAACAACCAAGUGACCAUCAUCUACCAGAAGGAGCAGUCCUUCGAGCCCACGGUCAGCGGAUCGGUCGAGUCCUACAGCGUGGCUCCCGAGCUGCCUGCCGAUCUGACGCUCGAUCCCACCACUGGAGUGAUUUCCGGAGCUUUGCAGAGCACGCAGACUGGAAACAAGUACACCAUCACGGCGACCAACUCGGCUGGAUCGCUGCAGACCGAGAUUUCUCUCACCUCGAUCGUUGUGAACUGCGAGGCCACGGAUGAGUAUCUGGCCACGAACCACGGCGAGUACUCGGUGGCUGUGUGUCCUGAGUACUACACGGGUUACGCGAUGGCUCGCUGCAUGGGAGGCGAGUUCGAGGAGCCCAGUCUGGAGCACUGCACGCCGCGUCUGAGCGGUUUCUUCACCUACGGAGUGAGCUCGAUCGUGCUGAAGACGAACCAGGAACUGACCCCGAUCUCUCUGCUGACGGACGGAGCGUUCCCUUCGAUCUCAUGCAACAAGGAUCUGCCGGAGGGUCUGGUGCUGGGUGAGGACGGAACCAUCUCGGGUACGCCCACUGUGGCUUCGCCUGCUGCCGAUUAUGAGAUUACCGGAACCAACAGCGCGGAAUCCAAGUCGGUGACGAUCAGCAUCACGGUGGAAGAUAAUGGCUGCGAGGCUCUGGACGAGUUCCCUGCUGCGAUGAACGGAGCGACCUCGGAGGCUGCUGUGUGUCCUGAAGGUUAUUCGGGCAUGGCGACGCGUGAGUGUGUCAAUGGCGUGUUCCAGCCCAUCAACUACGAGGGAUGCACGCUGCUGGCUCCUUCCAGCUUCUCCUAUUCGCCCGCUUCGAUGAGCUGCGACUCGCUGGAAGCGAUCCGCAUCGAGCCCUCUGUGUUGAACAAGGUGGACGUGUUCUCGUGCCCCUCGCUCCCCAGUGGUCUGCAGCUGCUGGACAACGGAGUGAUCGCCGGAUCGAUCAAGGAGGCGGACACCUACACCUUCACUGUGACUGCGAGCAACGACGCGGGCUCCGCCCAGGCGACCGUGACCAUCACGGUCACGCCGAUUGGUUGCUCGGGAGUGGAGGGAAUCUCGCUGGCUCACGGAGAGCGCUACGAAGAGCCCUGCCCCGAGAACUACCACGGUGUGGCGUAUCGUACUUGCAGCAAUGGCGAACUGUCGAUUCUGAAGAUGGACGAGUGCGUGCUGGACUUGCCGACCAAUCUGGAUUACAAGGAGAAGGAGAUCGUGGUUACCACCAACGUGAACUACGAAGGAUUGAGCGCUAUGUACAACGGAACGGUGGAGUCGUUCACGAUUUCGCCGGAUCUGCCCGAGGGAAUGGGCAUUACCUCGGAUUCGGGUGCUAUCUAUGGAACCUCGGCGACGGCUUUGGAUCGCACGGAGUUCGUGGUGACUGCGAGCAACUCUGCUGGCAGCGCCAACGUGACGAUCUUCCUCACUGUGGAGGUGCCUCACUGCGAGGCGAUGGCCGAUUUCCCGCGAACCGCCGCGAACGAGAGCUAUUCGUACGAUUGCACGCAGAUCUCUGGCUACAAGGGAGUGAGCGAGCGAACGUGCGUGUUGAACCAGGACAAGGCUUCGGCUACGUGGGCGAUUCCGACUUCGUUCUGUGUGGAGGAUAAGCUGGAUCUGUACUUCUUGAUUGGAAUUGUUCUGAUCAUCAUCGGUGUGGUUCUGCUGGUUCUCGGCAAUCUCUUCAUGGUCAAGAGAGACAGAAAGACCCUGCCUAAGAAGCCUGCUUCCAAGACUACUUACUUCUUGCCUUUCCUCCAGUUCCACUCAUUACAAUUAGAUUGUAACUAUGUGUUUAAUGUAUGGAUUGUUAGUAUUAAAUGA